AUGAUUGACCUCGCGCUCGAAGAGAGGCUCGAUGACCUCGACCCGCUUCGCCACUUCCGCGAGGACGCUGGGUCCGACGAAGACAGCGCAGGCACCAUCGUUCCCGUCCAGCCCCCUUCUGUCCGCAAUCAGACUAUAGAGCUUGCGUUCGCCGCUGCCCCGGACACUGGAAGCGUCGCGAUCAGGCUCGCAGUGGACGCAUCGCCGGGAUGCGGAGGGAUCGCCUGGCCGGCGGGAGAGGUCCUGGCAGGCUACAUCACGAGAAGCGGAAAUCUUGAAGGCAAGAACGUCCUUGAACUGGGGAGUGGAACUGGCCUUGUGGGACUCGUCGCUGGGAAGCUCGGGGCACGCGUCUGUAUCACAGACCAAGCUCCGCUCCUGGGUAUCAUGAAGCAGAACGUAUCACUCAACCAGCUGGAGUCCUGUGUAUCUGUCGCGGAACUCAACUGGGGAGAACCGCUGCCUCUGGAUCUACCUCGGCCCGACCUGAUUCUGGCUGCGGACUGCGUCUACUUCGAGCCGGCGUUCCCACUUCUUGUGCGGACACUAGCCGACCUGGUUCACGACCCGUCAACACAAAUCCUGUUCUGCUACAAGAAGCGUAGAAAGGCAGACAAGCGUUUCUUCACGUUGCUGAAGAAAGAGUUCACAUGGGAGGACAUCUCCGACGACCCCCAACGAGAGGUGUACUCACGAGACGCGAUAUCCCUCCUUCGCCUCAUCCGCAGGAGGUAG